CGAGAGGUUGCGGUUGACGAUCGGUUUCAAAAAUGAAAAAUAGUGCCUUGCUAAUUUUGCUUGUUUCAAUUUUAUGCUUUGUGUGCAACGAAGUGCAUGGGAGAAGAUAUGGUUUUUUCGGCCAACACGAAGAUGACGAUGAAGAUGAUGUUGCAAUUGUUCGGGGAGCAAUCAAUGUUGGGCGCGAAAUUGGUGGCUAUUUGUUUGGCUUUCGACCUUCGAGACAUCGCUAUACAACAACUAGGCCGACCACUGAAUAUCCUCGGCCGUUCUUUGGAAACAGCGGGGCAUCAAUCGCCACUGCCGGAGCCAGCUCACAAACCGUCCUGAAUCAACAGAUAGGCGGUGCAUCUACUGCGUUAACUUCGACAGCCGCCCAGGCAGUUAUCAGCAGCAGCAACAGCAAUCAAGUUGGUUUUUCGGGAUCAGCAUCAAGUGCCAAUGCUAAUUCAUUGACCACCACGACGACGACGGCGGGCGGCACCAGUCCUACUAGUGGCCAAUUUAGUGGCGGCGCGUCUGCAGCAGUCGCCAAUUCGCAGAGCUUCAAUGGCGGAUUCCCAGGUGCGGGCAUUUCGGCGUCUGGGGCAAACGCGGCCUCUUUCACUUCCGGGAGUGGGCAUGGAUCCAGCAACUCAGGAGCAGCAGCAAACGCACAAUCUAGCAACAUCAAUGCGGCUUAUCCUGGCUAUGAUUACGAUCUUAACGUAUUUUACAGACUUAGCUACGCGGGAUCUAGUUCCAGUGCGAAUGCAGCAACUCAACAAGCAUCCCAAGGACCAUCGUUCGGAUCUAGCGCUGGAAUAGCAGCCGGAAGUGGAAGUACUUCAGCAGCAGCCAAUGCCCAAACUGCCGUUAUCAAUGCCGGCGUAUCAGGAACUUCGGCCUCGAACGGAAAUGCCAACUCAAUGAGCCAUCAAUUUGGCGGCUUCGGAGUGUCAUCGGCGAAUGCAAAUGCUAAUUCGUACACGCACGGUUUCGGUGCGGGUGGAUUCGGGAGCAGCUCGGCAGGGGCCCAGUCGAAUUCUUGGCAGAGUUCGGGACUGGGUGGAUCUUUCGGUGUUUCCAAUUCAGUAGCCCAUUCGCAAGGUUUCAGCGUGGGUCCCGGGGGCAUUAGCGGUUCCAGUGCCCAUUCGGGAAGUCAGACCUAUAAAAUUCCCUACUAUAAAGACAUCACGUUGUCCUACUCGGCUGGAUUUUCGACUUCCGCCGGAAUGGAUGGCGGCUCGACGGCGUAUUCCGAUGGAAGCUCGUUUAGUUUUAAUUGAUAAAAUUGAUUUUGAAAUAGUUCUAUUUAUUUAAAAUCGUUAAUCAUGCUAAUAAAAAUUCAAUUGA